UACUUGUUGAAUCAAGUCAGUAGUACUAAGGAAGGGCACUAUUAUAUACCUACUAGAUGCCAAGCCCUGUGCUAGAAGGGGCCAUAAUUUUUCCGUCUACAUGGGAAUCUUGUUGCUCUUUAUUGACAUAGGUCCUGAACCCCAAGUGGACGUUAUAUACACUGGGGUGUUUGGUAAGAACGCAGUGCGAGGUCGCCCCCUGUCGCUUGCUGGUCUCAGCCGGAGGGCCAUGAUGGGAUCCCUCACCAAACCACUCUCCACUUAGCUUGCUGGGCUCUUCCCGAGAUCUUCCCAAAUGUGUCCUAGGCUGUUGGCCAUAGCACGGGUUCCGCCUCCCAUCCACCAGCUACAGUAGCCCCGCCUCCAACCACCAGUCAGAGUAGCCCCGCCCACAAGGCGCCUAAGGGGGCGGAGCUUGCGGCGUCGUGUUGUCGUCACUUCCAGCAGACCCGGAAGCGCAGUUGCCGAGUGCUCGCGGUAGUUAGGAAGUCGUGAUGGAGCCGCGUUCUGCGUAAACUCUUGGCGGACAGUGGGGGCAGGCGGGUUUGCUGUGGUGGGGCAGAACCGAGAGGGCGGAGCGGCUCCUUAGCCAGUGCGGGUGAGCCUCGGCAGUGCGCUUCUCAACCUGCGUCGCUCCGCCUCCAGCGUAGGACCCGCUCCCGCCCUCCGGGCCUGGGACGCGGGGAGAGCUACUGCCAGGCUGCUCCGCCGCCUGCAUCCGGUCCUGGACAGCUGGCUGGAGCGGGUGGAGCCAGACAGCCCUCCCGGUCGCCUAAAGUGCUGCCUGCGGUCUUCGUCGCCCUCUCCUGGUCCGUUAGAACGCUGACGUGGAGCACACCUCUCAGAACCCUCCAUGGAGAAGUUUGGGAUGAAUUUCGGGGGCGGCCCAAGCAAGAAAGAUCUGCUGGAGACUAUAGAGACGCAGAAGAAACAGCUUCUCCAGUACCAGGCACGGCUCAAGGAUGUUGUCCGCGCCUAUAAAAGUCUGCUGAAGGAGAAGGAGGCGCUAGAGGCCAGCAUCAAGGUGCUAUCGGUAUCCCACGAGGCGGAUGUUGGCCUCGUAGGUGUUCCGCCCCCAAGCAUUACCUUAUCUGACUCGGUGGAUGACCGGUGCUCCACUCACAGUGAGGAUAGUACUGGGACCGCCACCAGCUUGGAUACUGCAGCCAGUCUCACGAGUACCAAGGGUGAGUUUGGGGUGGAUGACGACAGACCAGUCCGUGGACCACCACCUCUAAAGUCCGAAGAAGCCAGUGGAUCGGAGAGUGGCGUUAGCAGUAGCAGCGGGGAUGGGCCGUGUGCUGGUGGGGAAGUGGACAAAAGACUGCACCAGCUAAAGACUCAGUUGGCUACUUUGACCAGCUCUUUAGCUACAGUCACCCAGGAAAAGUCUCGCAUGGAGGCGUCUUACCUGGCUGACAAGAAGAAGAUGAAGCAGGAUUUAGAGGAUGCCAAUAAAAAGGCAGAGGAGGAGAGGGGCCGCUUGGAGGGAGAAUUGAAGGGACUUCAGGAGCAGAUAGCAGAAACCAAAGCCCGGCUUAUCACACAACAGCAUGAUCGGGCCCAAGAGCAGAGUGAUCAUGCCUUGAUGCUGCGGGAGCUCCAGAAACUGCUGCAGGAGGAGAGGACCCAGCGCCAGGACUUGGAACUUCGGUUAGAAGAGACUCGAGAAGCCCUGGCAGGUCGAGCAUAUGCAGCUGAACAGAUGGAAGGGUUUGAACUGCAGACUAAGCAACUGACGCGGGAGGUGGAAGAGCUGAAGAGUGAGCUGCAGGCCAUUAGAGAUGAGAAAAAUCGGCCAGAUCCCCGAUUACAAGAGCUUCAGGAAGAGACUGCCCGCCUUAAGAGCCAUUUUCAGGCUCAAUUGCAGCAGGAGAUAAGAAAGACUGCCCUUGCAGAAGAUCAGCUCCGCCAACAGUCUCAGGUAGAAGAACAAAGGGUGGCAGCCCUAGAGAACCAAAUAUCUGAGGUUUCUGAACUCCUGGGCACCUAUGAGAAAGCCAAACAGAAGGACCAGCUGACCAUCCGGAAGCUGAAGGAGCGCAUUCUGCAGCUGGACCUGGAGAACAAGACGCUGGCUUUAGCAGCCUCUAGCCGAUCCCCUCUUGACAGCCAUGGAGAUGAGUCUAAUCUGGAUGUGAAUGUCCUAAAAGAUAAGAUGGAGAAGCUCAAGAGACUGCUGCAAGUUGCAGCCAGGAAAAGCCAGGUGACCCUGGAUGUGGACAAGCUCUGUGACUUGGAGAUAAUGCCUAGCUCAGAGACUGCUGAUGGAGAGAAGGCCACUGCACUGUAUUACCAACAGGAACUGAAACAGCUGAAGGAAGAAUUUGAGAGGUAUAAGAUGAGGGCUCAGGUUGUCCUCAAGAGCAAGAAUACCAAAGAUGGUAAUCUGGCAAAAGAGCUGGAGGCAUCCCAGGAACAGCUUGCAGAACUGAAGGAGAAGUAUAUCUCCCUGCGGCUAUCCUGCGAGGAGCUUGAGCGCCAGCACCAGCAGGAGGCGGAGGACUGGAAGCAGGAGCUGGCCCGGCUGCAGCAGCUGCACCGGCAGGAACUGGAGAGGAACCAGCUGGACUUCAGGGACCGUACACUGAAACUAGAGGAGGAGCUGCACAAGCAGCGAGACCGUGCUCUGGCUGUGCUUGCUGAGAAGGACUUGGAGCUGGAGCAGUUGCGUUCUGUGGCUUUGUCCUCUGGGCUGCCAGGCCGCAGAAGCCCUGUAGGUGGUGGGGGUCCUGGGGACCCAGCUGACACAUCUCCAGAUAGCCUGACCCAAGCACUGCAACUUGCUGCAGGUAACGAGCCCACUUUCUUUUUGUAUGCUGAGCAGUUGGCCCGCAAGGAGGUGGAGAUCACAUCGCUGAGGAAGCAGAAACACAGGCUAGAGGUAGAGGUGCAUCAGCUGCAAGAUCGACUGUUGGAGGAGGGGGAGCGGCAUCGCGAGGAGGUUGGAGCACUGCAGAGCCAUAUUGAAAAGAACAUCAGGGACCAAAGCAGGGAGGGAGCCAAUCUGGAGUACCUCAAAAACAUCAUCUACCGCUUCCUGACCUUACCUGACACGCUGGGCCGCCAGCAGACUCUCACAGCCAUACUGACUAUUUUGCACUUCAGUCCAGAGGAGAAACAAGUGAUAAUGCGGCUCCCAACCAGUGGUAGUUGGUGGCCUUCUGGCAAGAGAUGAUGCCGUUUCCACUAACUCCUCAAGUUUCUGUGCCUCUUUUAUGUGGGAUGGGAAGGGACAGGCCCUAGUUUCUAUUGUCUCUUCUCUUACAUUGUCAUUUAUUUCUUCACUGUGUUGGACUGGAAGGAGUCUUCAAUGUGGGGUGGAAUUUUAUGCCAAAUGCCAUUAAUGCUGUUUUAUCAUUGGGCUCUAGAGAUAACUAAGAGUGUUGAGACAUCAUCUUCUGGUGGUGUGAAUGUGAGAGGAGCAGUGGGGAGAGAGGUGCAAAAGUUGGGGAAGUGGUAAGAAUCUUUUAAAAUAAGAUUUUUUUUGUUUUAGUAUUAUGUUCCUAGCACAGAGCUAGGAGUAAAUGUGACUCCAAAGGGAGUUCAACUAAUUUCUGAACAUGCACAGUAACCAGCUAUUUAUUCCAUCUCAUCCCAGUCUGAGUCUGGUCUACUGCUGCCCCAAUUCUCUGGGGACAUAAAGCAGGCUGGAAAGAGACCAGGAAGUUUGAAAUAGUGACAGAGUGUCCAUUAGUACAGAGGACCAAGAAAUAGUGAGUUCAUCCUGAAACCCAGAAGCUUUAUCUAAUUAGGGCCUGGGAACAUCCUAAGCAAACUAGACAAAACACCCCUCUUUUGACCAUCCUAGAAAGGGCUGAGAGCUCUAGAUUGAUAUUAGAGAUUUCCUGAAUGACCUGAUUUUGGCUUGGGUAAGGUUGAAGUCUCUUCCACUAAUCUCUGCCUUAACCUGUCUGCCUAAAGUUUGCCUGAGAUUGUGAGUCAAUGGCUUUCUUCUCGAUGUUGAACUUUCACUAAGAAAAUCCUAGCUUCUUACAGAGCAGGGUUCAAUCAGUAUGCUCUGAUCUUGCCUGGAUACAAGGAAUUAGCUUUGAGAUUUAUCUCCAACUAUUUCUGCCUUUGUAGGGAUGUGGGGGGAAUUUGUUGCAGAGGACUCCAAAAGAUUGCUGUGACCCUCACAGUAAGAUGGUGGGAGUUCAGCUGAAGCUGGACUGGGGUACUUCCCCACAGACAGCAUUCUGGCUAAAGCUCCAUAUCCCCUGAACCAGAGUUCUCAUUGUUUAUUGUCACCAAAGGUAUUUUGGUCAUGUGCUUAGGGAGUUAAGAGAGUUUCAGUCUAGUCUUCACCUUCCCCACAUGUGUUCCUGUAACUUCCUCCUCCCUGAGAAUUUAAUUUCUUCAGUCUUGCAGAGAUAGAUCCAUAUUCCUCUUUAAGGAAAGGCAGCUGGUUCUUCAGGCUGUUUGUAAAAGAGGGACUUAGAAAACUCAGGUUGAAAUACUAUCUGUUCUUUGUCCUCUUCUGCUCUUGCUCAUUGUAGAAAUCUUUGUGUCCUAAAGACCAGUGCUUGGCCAUUAAUCGAACUAAUAAUGUAUCUAUUAUUUCAUUAUAGAGAUUUGUUCGAUUUUGGGGUACAGAAGACUUGACUAAGUCUUCUGAAUGGGAAGCUAGGUGACUUGAUUAUCUACCAUGAGCAGACUUAAAUGGAACAAAGGUGAUGUGUUCAAAUGAUAACAACAUAAACCAUGGAAUCAUUAAACCUGAGUAACUUGACUUAUGUGUUUCCUUGAUGGUAUCAAUAUAUCUGGACAUAGACUGUGAAUUUAAAUGGUGGAUGCAAAGGAUGGAAAUAAUACAUGAAUCCAUGGGCUUGAAUCCAGUGAGGAAGACCUCAGUGCUUUACUGCCUGAGUUACAGCAUACAUUUCUUAGCUUGGAAUUGUGUCUGUGUUUGUAUUUGGGCAACUACAUUGGAAAAAACUUUCUCCUGGGUUUAGUGGGCAGGCUCGAAACCUCCAUAAUUACUACUUCAAACUCUAGAAGAAAUCUUUAUUUAUAUAAUUCUUAUAUAAUAAAUAAUUAUUUAUGUAA